UAACCGGACAGCGGUGUUUACGCGUCGCAAUUUCGACACAGAAAAACUUGGAUAUCCUCCUUACAUUCGUUUAAAUUAAAACAAAAACAAAACGCGAAUCAAAUUUUUUCACGCUCUUCAAUUUUUUUUAAAUAUUAUAACCCGGCUAAAUAAUAAUGGCGGGUUUAUGUAAACCAAAAGUUCCGUAUCCGCGUUCCGUUUUUUCGGUCGGAUAAUAGAAUUUUGACAGUUCGAUGAAAAUAUUUACGUGACGUGCCUGUUUGUGGAAAAACUUUUUGCGAACGAAAAAAGUUUUUUUGAAGAAAGUUUUGGAUUUGUAACUUUUAAAUUGUAUUAAAAUGUAUCUAUUUCGUGUUGUGAGUGUGUGAUUAUGUGUUGUCGACGUAAACUUAUGGAUUACUUUUUUAAGAUUCAAAUCAAUCUACGAUGACCGACCGAAAACGUUACGUCAAAUAAAAACAAAAAAAAACGUCUAAAAUGACAUAAACACAACACAAAUGACAGUUGUAGGCCAGUAUUUUCGAAUUUUUAAAUAUAAGUUUUUUUUUAGUAAUAAUAUGUGAUCAAUAAAACCUUUUUACUUAGCGUGUAAAGGCCAGUAACUAUUUUUAAAAUUAUGUUAAGCUAUUAUUCUUCUGUGGAGUACGAAACAAUGGUUCUUUGAUGAAAGAGAGGGCGCGGGGCGUCGAGGAGGCGUCGUGCUGCCCUCUACAAUGGAGGCUUGUGGGCCUCCAAUCCAGCUGGAGCCAGUAGAUCUAAGUCUAAAGAGACCACCGACACCUAGAAGACGGACUCGAGCUAUCGGUACCCCUACUUCAUCCAUGAUCACCAGGGAAGAUGACAGCUCAGCCACAGAUCUGAUAUUCAACUCAAGUCACCAAUUACCUAAAAUCAAAAUGGGUCCAGAUCUCAGAAGCGCGCGGCGACCUAAGCAAAUCAUGAACAAGCUAAAACCAUCAACUCACACGGCGACCACCCCCCAUCUAUCUAUAGAACUGACGAAACCAUACCUACCAAUGAUCCCAAUGCUACCACCCCACAAACCAACCACGGACGCCGAAUUAAAGUCAUUUAUAUUAAACACAGCGUUACAAACAGCCCUAUCAGAUUCUCUACACCAUUUACAGCAGAGAAACUCUAAAAUUGAUAUGAAGAAGGAUGAAGGAUUUGUCAAUAAUCAUGAAGAUGGCAGCAGGAGACGGUUGCAUAAAUGCGAUGUUGCCGGGUGUCAUAAGGUGUACACGAAGAGUUCGCAUUUGAAAGCGCAUAAGAGGACCCAUACAGGAGAAAAACCAUACUCCUGUGCCUGGGCGGGCUGCGAGUGGCGUUUCGCCAGAUCUGACGAGUUGACGAGACACACUCGUAAACACACGGGUCAUCGACCUUUCACCUGUCCGCUGUGCAGACGAUCUUUUGCCAGAUCCGACCACUUGGGAUUACAUAUGAGGAGACAUUGAUCUUUAAAGUAAGGGGUUAUAAAGUUCAUUUUUAAUUGGCAAUAUUACUUUUUAAUCCAUACUUUUUUUUAGUGAAUAUUAAUUUCUGUGCAAUAGAGUUGAUUUUCGUUUGACAUGAAUGUUGAUUUUGAUUCUUAUUUGUUGAAUUUUGUCAUUUCAAAAUGAGCGUUAUGACUGUUGUAAUAAAGUUAAGUUUUGUUUGACAAAAUUUCUUACAUAAGGUCAGUUUAGAUAUUUUUUGGUAUUCAAAAGUGAACGUUAAUGUGCUUUUCCUAAAGUUUUGUUUAAUUCUAAUUUUGUUAAAAACCUCGGAAUGCAUGUAAUGCAAAAUUAUGAAAAAUAUUGUUCUAAGCAUUAGAGUUCAUAUUUGUUUAGCAAUCAACUUAAAAUUCCUUAUAAAUUGUUAUUCGAAGGUGAAUGCUAACGGUGAAAGAAUAAAGUCUAUCUUUGAAUGGCACUGAAAUUCAAUAUACUUGCUAUUUGUUAUUCGAAAUUGUACCUUAUGUUUAAAUUGUCAUUUUGGUUUAGCCAAGCUUGAUAACAGAUUUUUUACUUGAAAUUCACCUUAAAUAUAAUAACAAAUAUUGAUCACUUUCGAAAAAAAUACUAAGAUAAUACAUAGAUAAGACCACUUCACAUAAUUUUACAAAAACGAACUUUAUUACCCACUAAUAAAGUUCAAUUUACAUUAAAACUUAGACAAAAGAUUUCAAAUACACCAAGUAUUCUGAAAUCGACUUUAACUACUACCGAAUAUAGUAGACGUUCGAUUAAAGGCUACAAUUGUUAUAUAAUAACAAUUAUAAUGUAAGGGCAUUAUUAUUUGUGUGAUUUUCUGCUCAAAAUGAUAUGACAAUAAUAUAUUUUUUAUAUAUAAGUACUAUAUUUUAAAAGUGCACAUAGUUUAAGCUAAUAUAGAACUUAAAACUUGGGUGCUAAGGUCGAUAUUUGUAUGACAAACGUAUCUUAUUAUCCUUACUAAUAUUAUAAAUCGGAAAGUGAGUUUGUUUGUUUGUUCCGC